CCGACGGUGGUGAAUGCGUCUGUUUGUCUCGCUACGGCUUAUACAGAAGCAAGGCGUGAAGGUCCAGAAUAUAGUCCAACAAUUGGACACUGAGUAUGUCCCGAGAGCCGUUUUCAUCAUACGCUGAACCCAUGUAAGUCCGACAACGACAAAUCGAUUAAGGCUACAGUGUAUGUUAUAACGUGACAAUCAACAGUCAAGAAAAAAACAAGAUCAAUUUUAUUCUACUCAAAUAAUUAGACGUCCCGUAGAGCGUGAGAAAGAUCAAGCUGUUUGUCCAGGAUGAUGCAAAUUGAUAGCAGGACAUGUGUGUGAUGUCGGCCAAGUGUCUGGUGUACCUUGCACUAACCAUCAUACUGCAAGGAAACAGAUCGGAAACAACCGAGUUGCUUAAUGUAGUUCUACUUGAGGGUCAGAACGAGCCUGGCACCAAUGUCCAAUGCCUGGAAUCCGCACUUUUCACAUGGACUUGCCAGGCAUGGAAGAUUGUAUCUACCGAAAUCGACGUCAGACAUCCGUUUUCGUUGGUUUCCACGCAGGUGUCAUCAAUGAUGGAGAGGGCCUAUGCCAUCCUCACGCCAUCAUUCAUGUGCAGCUUCCUGCAUUAUCAGAUGCGGCAUUUCUCACUAACCACAGACGUUGUAUGCUUUGACGUAGACACUAAUAGGACAACAGGAGAAGCUUGUGAUAUUACUUUCCAUCUUCCCGAAACAUACAUCUACACCGUCCUGAAGCCACUUCUCAUCAAGCUCAACUGGGAUUCGCUUAUCAUCCUCAGUGAUGAAGAACACGAGAUGGCAUCGAAAAUAAUAUUGGAUGAGUCAUGGGCCGUGGGUGUGAAGACAUUGGUGUUCAUCAUCCCAAGCAACGCCACUGACGAAGAGAUUCUGCACCUGCUGUUAAAAUCAACAAGCAUUGAUCCCACCGCUGCCUGGAACUUUCUUAUCUUGUGUAAUACGUUAUGUCUUCAACGAAUUCUAAAGCAGGUCAAUAGAUUUGACAACUGGAUGCAGAAGACAACUGAUUUCCGGUCAUCAUCAUACUGGCUCAUGUUGCUGCCGAAGGAAGAUAUGUUCAUGGUUGAAGCAGUGGGAGGCUGGGUUGACAACAUUGCCGUAAUAUCCGCGCCAACUCCCAUCGCAGGCUGCCUGUUUGAGGCAUAUAAAGGCUCGUCUGAGUGUUGGUCUGGGGAAAUCCACUCGUUGAUGUACCGGGGAUCAGUGAGGAACCUAGACGUUGUCUGUCAGUACAACAGAGGUGACAUCAAACUAUGCUCCUCGAAAUCACAGAUAUUUCCUAAUUACAAUCAAGGAUUUAACGGGAGGCCAUUCAUUGUGGCUACAAAUAUGUGGUAUCCGUUCGUGAUGAAGCAAGGGAAUAAUCAGACAUCUACAUAUGAGGGCUUUUGCAUCGAUCUUCUUUUCGAAAUGGCUGGAGCACUCAAUUUCACGUAUAAACUGAUAGAACCACCUGAUGGAGAAUGGGGCACCAAUACCAAUGGCCAAUACAGUGGAUUAAUUGGUCAGCUGCAGAGAAAGGAUGUCGACAUGGUGGUAGCCCCCAUUUCAAUGUCACACGACAGGGAGAAGGUCAUGGAUUCCACAUACCCUUUCUAUAACGACGUUGGCACUGGCGUCUAUCGCAUUCCUGACUCAAGCGUUAAAGAAUGGUUGAUUCUGUCGCUUCCCUUCAGUUGGGUGGUCCAUGUAUUUAUAGCAUGUGCUUUCGUAUUCUCCGUGGGGCUGGUGCAUUUCUUACACAGGUGCCAGAAGGAUGAAGUAGAAGGAUCAAUAGAUUUUUCAGCAGAUGCUCUUCGUGUUUUCGGUAUAUUUCUUCGACAAGGUUUCAAUAUCAAACUGCGAUCCUCUUCGACUGCCAUAUUUGUGGGCUUACUUUGUCUGUUCGCGACCAUCAUCUCCGCUGUCUACUCUGGUAAUCUCAUCGCCUUCCUCACAGUCGCUAAGGAGACAAAGCCGUUCAACACCAUCCCGGAAGUAGCCGACCAGACGGAUUACACGUGGGGAAUACACGGAGGGACUCUGUGGGUGAACGUGUUCCAGAGCUCAACGAAUCCCUCAUUUAUGAAAAUCUGGGAUAGUAUUCUGAAAUCCAACCUAUCAGAUCCCGGUGUUCUGCAUAUCUCAGCGGACUACCACAAGGCGCGGAUGGAAGCAGGCGGCUACGUCUUCUUCACAGAGUCGGACAUUGGAAGUAUAUGGGCCACACAAAACUGCGACGUCAGGUUGCUCAAAGACUAUUUCUACAGGAUCCAAUACGCUAUUGGACUACCCCAGAAUUCGCCUUAUGGAGAAUUGGUGUCUGAUAUAGUUCUCAAGUUCCAUGAAAGCGGCUUGAUGGGUGCAUGGAAGCAAAAAUGGUGGCCUAAGGGCAGUAACUGCUCUUUCACUCAAGUCGUCCACAAGCCAAUAGAAAUAUCUCAACUGCAGAGUGCCUUCUAUGUGUUGUUAGUUGGGAUAUCACUUGCCUUUACUACAAUGUGCCUUGAAUGCAUGGUCCGCAUUAUCCGACUGCAAAGAGAAGACUCAAAGUAAUGCCUUCCUCGUUAUCGAAUUGCUAUAGUUACAUAUUGACUUA